UUGACAAACUUUGCUCUUCUCUUUCUUUUUUUAUUUUCCCUUACCAUUCAAAAACCAAGAGUAGUAUAGAGAAGUUGAAUUUCAAGUUAUGGGUUCGGGGAAUUUUCUUCAAGUCGUGGCUAACAACUUCGAUGUGCUUGCUCUGCCUGUGGUUUCGUUGGUGUAUCCUCUCUAUGCUUCGAUCAAGGCUAUAGAGACGAAGUCAAUAGUGGACGACCAGCAAUGGCUCACUUACUGGGUUUUGUACUCUCUCAUGACUCUUUUUGAGCUCACAUUUGCCAAAAUACUUGAAGUGGUUGCCAUUUGGCCAUAUGUGAAACUAAUAAUAAUGAGUUGGCUAGUUCUACCACAUUUCAAUGGAGCAGCACACGUUUACAAAAACUUCAUUAGGCCACAUUAUAUGAACCCUCAAACUUCUACGCUAUGGUACAUCCCUCGAAAGACCAAAGAUAUUUUCAGUACUCCAGAUGAUGUGUUAACGGCUGCUGAAAAGUACAUGGAAGAACAUGGAACUGAAGCUUUCGAAAGGCUUAUGUAUAAGCAGGCUGAAAGGGAGAGAUCGAGGAGGAACAACAAUUACAUGAUUUUCGAUGAUGAUUAUGCAUAUUGAACUCUCGAUCUAUAUCUAUUUAUAAUCUACUACUAAAUAAUUGCGUCUAAUUUUGAUUUAGUAUAUCAAAAGAUUAGCGUCCAUUGAACAAGACGUGUUAAAUUUAAACUCACCCUUUUUUUUUAUUCAAAUAUGUACUCUCGAUCUUUAGUUUGAUUGUUUAUGCAUUCAAUUUGUAAGGACCUAUUAGGUUUUUGUUGAAAUAUAAACUUGA